AUCUCACUAGAAACAACACAAUUAUUUUAUCAAAAACUUUAUAUUACAAAAUUAUUGCUAUCUCGUUUUCUGAACACGCCUGACUUGUCUCCCAUCGGCAAUUAUCAUUACCGUCCUCUGCGAUGGGUGGAACUAAGAAGAGAUGGUUCUCCUUCCACCAACGAUCAGCUUCCGCCACCACUACAACUGUACCGCAACACAAACACGACGAAACUCCACCUGAGUUUAUCUGUCCCAUAACAGGAUUCCUCAUGUCCGAUCCUGUAGUUGUCCCAUCUGGUCAAACCUUCGAGCGUCUCUCCGUUCAAGUCUGUCGUAACUUAGGAUACGUACCGAAUCUUCUCGACGGAACCCGACCCGAUUUCUCCACCGUCAUCCCCAACCUCGCCAUGAAGUCCACCAUUUUCAGCUGGUGCGACAGGAAUAAAGUCGACCAUCCUCGUCCUCCUGACUCUGCCUACGUUGAAAACGUGGUUCGUGCCCGCAUGAAUAAAGAUCCGCAGAGCCGGACUGGGACACAGCCAAGUUCCCCCGAGCCUGAGAUUCUCCCUCCCGUGGCUGAGAAUUCACCUUCUGAUUACGAUGCUGUAAUGGAGGCGAUACGAGCACGUUCCAAGAACUCAGUGUUGUCGCCUUCUCCGUCGCCGACAACAUCACUUGAGUCUGUUACGGUCGGGCAGAGUCCAUACCACCCGACACGAGCCGUUAGUAUGUUCUCUUCUUCCUUCACUACUUCAUCAGGAGUUUACGUCGGAGCUGAAAGUCCGAAUGCUAUCUCUUUCUCUUCCUCCGACUACUCUUCUUCUUCCCCGAUGUCGUCGGAAGAAGAAGAGAUUUUCAACAAGCUAAGAACCGCCGACAUUUUCGACCACGAGCAAGGUCUGAUCCUGCUUAGGAAGAUGACAAGAACAAGCGAGGAACUUCGUGUGUCUCUCUGUACAGACCGUAUCCUCUCCUUCCUCCGAUCACUUCUCGUUUCACGGUACAACCUCGUUCAGACAAACGCCGCGGCUUCUCUCGUCAACCUCUCGCUCGAGAAACAGAACAAAGUGAAGAUCGUACGUUCAGGCUUCGUUCCUCUCUUAAUAGACGUGCUUAAAUCGGGAACAACGGAGGCUCAAGAGCACGUCGCCGGAGCUUUGUUUAGUUUAGCGUUGGAGGAUGAGAAUAAAAUGGUGAUCGGAGUUCUUGGAGCGGUGGAGCCUCUCCUCCAUGCUCUACGUUCUUCGGAGAGCGAAAGAGCGCGCCAAGACGCGGCUCUCGCGUUGUAUCACUUAUCUUUGGUUCCUAGUAACAGGACUAGGUUGGUUAGAGCGGGUGCGGUGGCGACUCUGCUUUCGUUGGUUAGGUCCGGUGAGUCCACGAGUAGGAUACUCUUGGUGCUUUGUAACCUCGCGGCUUGUCCUGAUGGGAAAGGAGCAAUGCUGGAGGGUAACGCGGUGGCGAUUCUGGUGGGGAAGCUUAGAGAAGGUGGGGGAGAUGAUUCCGAGGCGGCGCGUGAGAAUUGUGUGGCGGUUUUGUUGACGCUUUGUCAAGGGAAUCUGAGGUUUAGGGGGUUGGCGAGUGAGGUGGGGACUGAGGAAGUGUUGAAGGAAGUGGAGGAGAGUGGGAACGGACGGGCGAAGGAGAAUGCGGCGAAGAUUUUGCAGGUGAUGAGAGGAGGAAGCGGUGGAGGUAGUGCGUUUGGAGAAAAUGGGGAGGCGCGUGAGUGGAACCGUAUGCUUGAAGGGACUGGGUUGAGUCGAACUCAGUUUCAAGGAGGACAAAACGGUGGUUUCGCUUGUUCUUCCCAGUUCUAGCUUUUUUGUUUUUGUUUUUGUUUUGAUUAUCUUCGCUCUUUUUUCUUUAUCCUUUUUGAUAAAAAUGUUUUUUUCUUUGAUUAAUAUCAAUGUGUUAUUCAUUUAUUUGUGAAAUAACCAAAAAAAAAAGGAAAUUAGUU